GCCCGGAUCUUUCGCGGAAGUGUUUCAGACAAAUUUUCUUCCGCUCAGAGCCAAAAGUCACUUCUCUCCGCUCUUUUUUUAUUAUUUCUUUCCCUUCCGUUUCUAUCUCUCUCCCUAAAAUCAAACUCUCUCUGCCUUUACGCUGAAACUCUUGCCAUUAUAUAAACAACUCACCACCCUCUCACAAUCUCUCUCUCUUGCUCACCAUUUCUCUGAAAACGAGCAACCCAACCUUGCAUGCAUUCUUCUGCUUCUCUCUUAAUUUAUUCUUUGCUUUCUAACAUGGAGAAGGAGUAGCUAUCUGUUCAACCAGUAAAGCUUCUCCGGAAAACGUUUUAUUUCAGCACUUCAUUUUGCACCAUUCUUAUUCCUAUACCAAUCAAUGGCACGUGCCACUAACUGGCUAUCGUUCUCCCUCUCCCCCAUGGAAAUGCUCCGAACCUCGGAACCUCAGUUCGUGCAAUACGACGCCGCUUCUGCAACUAACUCGAAUCACUACUUUCUCGAUAACUUGUACACCAACGGGUGGGGAAACGGGAACCUCAAACCUCAGGUGCUGAUGGACCAGAAUCUGAACCAGAGCGACGUCAGUUUUGUCGAAUCCUCCCAGUCCCAGUCCCAAAGCGUCAGCCAUGCGCCACCGCCCAAGCUUGAGGACUUUCUCGGUGACUCCUCUGCGGUGAUGCGCUAUUCCGACAGCCAGACGGAGACUCAGGACUCUUCGCUGACUCACAUGUAUGACCACCAUGGCUCUGCAUACUUUGGUGACCAGCAGGAUCUCAAGGCCAUUGCUGGAUUUCAAGCUUUUUCUACCAACUCUGGCUCCGAGGUUGAUGAUUCCGCGUCCAUUGGAAAAGCACAACCCAGCGAGUUCGGGACUCACUCUAUUGAGUCCUCUGGGAACGAGUUCACCGCGUUUUCCGGUGGUCCCACCGGCACUCUCUCUCUGGCUGUAGCACAGAGCUCCGAGAAGAAGGUGGUGGCAGCAGAUUCCAGUAGCUCAAAGAAGAUCGUGGAUACCUUCGGCCAGCGGACUUCUAUUUACAGAGGUGUCACCAGACACCGAUGGACAGGUAGAUAUGAAGCGCAUCUAUGGGACAACAGUUGCAGGAGGGAGGGUCAAGCCAGGAAAGGGCGUCAAGUUUAUUUGGGUGGAUACGAUAAGGAAGAAAAGGCCGCGAGAGCUUAUGAUUUGGCAGCUCUAAAGUACUGGGGUCCCACUGCUACCACCAACUUCCCUGUGUCCAAUUAUUCAAAGGAAUUGGAGGAGAUGAAGCAUGUAACGAAGCAAGAAUUCAUUGCAUCACUGAGGAGGAAAAGUAGUGGGUUCUCUAGGGGAGCUUCCAUAUACAGAGGUGUCACAAGGCAUCAUCAACAGGGAAGGUGGCAAGCAAGAAUUGGCCGCGUAGCUGGAAACAAAGAUCUGUACCUGGGAACAUUCGCAACGGAAGAGGAGGCAGCGGAGGCAUAUGACAUUGCAGCAAUAAAGUUCAGAGGUGCAAACGCAGUAACAAAUUUUGAGAUGAAUAGAUACGAUGUGGAAGCUAUAAUGAAGAGUGCUCUUCCAGUGGGUGGGGCAGCAAAACGCUUGAAGCUUUCCCUUGAAUCGGAGCAGAAAGUUGGUGUGAGCAGCAGUCAGCAGAAUCCACCGUGUGGAAACGUCAGUGGAAGCAUAAAUUUCUCGGCCAUUCACCAGCCUGUUGCUUCGAUCCCUUGUGGAAUUCCCUUUGAUUCUUCAACAGCAUAUUAUCACCACAACCUUUUCCAACAUUUUCAUCCUACCAACGCUGCCACGGCAGUUUCCACCGUCACUUCGGGCAAUGUAGCUGGGCUUACCGCACUUCCUCCACCGGCGACAACGGCAGCUGAGUUCUUUAUUUGGCCUCACCAGUCUUAUUGAUCUAAUCAACUACAACAUCUUAUGCUAACAAAUCAAAAGCUAUAUAGCUCCUCUAUAAUUAACACCUUUAGGCUCCUAAGAAACAAAAAAUCAGGUUUUUGAGUUCGCUAGUCUUAGUUACAGUAGGAAGCUGGAUAUGUAACUAAUUACUCAAGAAAUCAGAAAUAUUUGCUGCA